UUUCUAUUUUCCGGUGUUUGAUCGCUUAGACCAAAACACCCACUUUGCUUUCUGUUUCCUUUUUGACAUAAAAGCGUGAAUGGUUGGUGAAACCAGGACGGAAUCCAAUCGUGUUGGAGUCGUUGUUAUAUACGUCCCGUGUUUGGUUUCUGACCGAUUUAUACAACUUAAGGCAGCUCAUAGUUUGUUUCUGAGGUUUUGUCUCUUUGAACAGUUAGUUCAUUUGAUUGAAGCUGUCCAUUGAGAAGAAAAAAGCUAUGGAGGUCAAUCGUAAAUCUCAUCCGGAUUGUGUAUAUGCCUCAAAUCCUUUCCAUGAAUGUGCUUCGGCUUGUUUAGAGAGAAUCGCACAAGGUCAUGGAAGGAAGCAUCCAAAGAAGCAAGCUUCGAAGAUUCUUAGCUUCUCAGCGAGCUUCGGUAGGAAAAAGAAAGAAUCAGUGCCACCGUCUCCAUAUGCCUCGAGACCCUAUCAGAACAACGCUUACGCCAACAACAAUCAUUCUGCAAAGGAUCAUCGGCCAAUGCCUCCUCCUGCUGCUGCCAAUGCUGUAAAGAAGAAGACGUUUCUCGAAGAAAAGAAGUCGUCUUUCUCUUCUGUGUCUUCCGAGGAACUCCCUGCAGAGAAGUAUUCACGGGAUGAAGCUUUCAAUCAUAAGCAAGAACAGCUCUCGGAAACAGUUCUUCUAUCUCCAAAAGACCUGAUUGUUGAUAGUAACAAAGCCGUAAAGCCAGUAUCAAAAAAAAAAGCCGAUGACGAGAAGAAUGGAUCGGCUGGUGAGAUCAGGAGCUUCAGUUUUCUAAGCCCGCCAAGAUCUAAUGAAAACGACGAAGAAAGCAAUGACGAAGAUGAUGAUGAUGAUGAUGAUGAUGACGAAGAGAACAACGAGAUUCUCGGAGAAGAGAUCGAACUUGAAUCCGUACUGUCGGAAUCAUGUGUCUCGGUGGGGAAAUACCGAGUGAGACCAGCUGUUUCGGCCAUCUUGACCUCCAUCAUCGACAAACACGGAGACAUAGCCGUUAACUGCAAGCUCGAAUCAGCCUCCAUGAGAGCUCGUUACCUCGAGUGCCUAUGCCUGUUGGUCCAAGAACUGAAGUCAACCCCGGUUACCCAGUUGACCAAAGUCAAAGUCAAAGAGAUGCUCGCUGUCCUAAAGGACUUGGACUCGGUGAACAUCGAAGUGGGAUGGCUCCGGACAGUGCUGGAGGAGUUUGCGGAGUUCAAGGACGUGGACAGGGCGAGAGAGAGGCACGUGGAACAGGUGAGGUCCACGAGGGCGGCGUUGGAAGAUCAGGAAGCGGAUUUGGCUCGGAUGGAGAAGGAAGUGACCGAGGCCAGGUCUCGGGUCGAAGAGGCUCGAGCCCGAGUGGCCGAGCUCGAGAAAGAAGGGUUGAGGCUAGAGGGGAUUGGAUCGAAAGGCGAGAGAUUCAAAGGGAAAUCGUUCUUGGAGGAGCUUCUAUGAUGUAACUGUGUUAACUCGAGAGAGAGGGUAUAUGUUAUGGUGUAGUGUCCGUUAAUUAUAUAUAACAUGAAACCUUGUCUUGAGAUAUUCAGUGGUACUAAUAAACUGUUUUGGCUUUGUAAUUCA